CGGGUGGUGGUGUGGGCGGCGGCGGCGGCGGCAGCCUGGCGGCCAUGGGCGGCCGCGAGCACCAGUACAGCUCGCUGUCGGCCGCGCGGCCGCUGAACGGGACCUACCACCAUCACCAUCACCACCACCCGAACCCCUACUCGCCCUACGUGGGUGCGCCGCUGACUCCCGCCUGGCCCGCAGGACCCUUCGAGACCCCAGUCCUGCACAGCCUGCAGAGCCGUGCCGGAGCCCCGCUCCCGGUCCCGCGGGGCCCCAGUGCAGACCUGCUGGAGGACCUGCCUGAAAGCCGUGAGUGCGUGAACUGCGGCUCCAUCCAGACGCCGCUGUGGCGGCGGGACGGUACCGGCCACUACCUGUGCAACGCCUGCGGCCUCUACAGCAAGAUGAACGGCCUCAGUCGGCCCCUCAUCAAGCCGCAGAAGCGCGUGCCUUCCUCCCGGCGGCUUGGAUUGUCCUGUGCCAACUGCCACACCACAACCACCACUUUGUGGCGCAGAAAUGCUGAAGGCGAACCUGUGUGCAAUGCUUGUGGACUCUACAUGAAGCUCCAUGGGGUGCCUCGACCGCUUGCUAUGAAAAAAGAGGGAAUUCAAACCAGGAAAAGAAAACCUAAGAACAUAAAUAAGUCAAAAGCUUGCUCUGGUAGUAGCAAUAAUUCUGUUCCUAUGACUCCAACUUCCACCUCUUCUAACUCAGAUGACUGCAGCAAAAACACUUCCCCUACAACACAACCGACAUCCUCAGGGGCGGGCACCUCAGUGAUGUCUGGCACGGGAGAGAGCACUAAUCCUGAGAACAGCGAGCUCAAGUACUCAGGUCAAGAUGGGUUGUACAUAGGCGUCAGCCUGGCCUCUCCGGCCGAAGUCACAUCCUCGGUGAGACAGGAUUCCUGGUGCGCCCUCGCCCUGGCCUGAGCCCGCUGCGGGGAUUUUGUCAAGCCGUCCAGACCAGGGCGAGUAUGCUGACAGAACAUUCCUCUGACGCGUGAUUUCCGUGCCUUUAUUUCGAAAGAGAUGUAUUUCCCAAGAAAGAGGCUUGCUCUGCCUUACCACCCUGCCCCUGACUCUGAAGAGCCAGAGAGAAGAUGGAGGGCUUCCAGGGAAGGGCCAGUGCAGCCCACAGCACGUCACCUCCUCCUGGACACGGCCACUUCCAGCCAGCCUGCCUCUGGGUGUGCCGGGGGAUCUGACGUCCUCUGUGCCACUUCCAGAAACUGGGACUAGGACCGGGGCCUUGCCUGCUAAGGAAUAUUGAGAGAUUUUUUUUUAAAAAGGGUUUUAUGUGUAUUGCCCCAAAUCAUGUGCUUCUUCUGAUCGGUUUUGGUUAUUCCAGAAUUUCUUCGUACCUUUUCCACACCUGAAUUUCACGUGCUUUCAUGGAGAAGACCAUUUGAGGCCAUUUGGUACACACCUCUGGAGGCUGAGUCAGUUCGUGAGGUUUCUCGUCAAAAAUAUUACUCCGUGUGCAAGACUGCAUUAUGACUUAACGUACACUGUGACUGAUGUCUCAAAGUUCACAUUGUGGGACUGACCUGAGGUCAGUCGGGAUUUGUAAACAGGGUAGCAAACAAGAUAUUUUUCUUCCAUGUAAACAAUAAUUUUUUUAAAAAGUGCAAUUUGCGUUGCAGCAAUCAGUGUUAAAUCAUUUGCAUAAGAUUUAACAACAUUUUUUAUAAUGAAUGUAAACAUUUUAACUUAAUGGUACUUAAAUAAUUUAAAAGAAAAAUGUUAACUUAGACAUUCUUAUGCUUCUUUUACAACUACAUCCCAUUUCUAUAUUUCCAGUUGUUAAAGAGAAAUAUUUCAAGAACAAAUCUUCUCUCAGGAAAAUUGCCUUUAUCCAUCUGUUAAGAAUUUUUAUACAAAAACACCAGUAUCCCCUCUUUAUUUUACUGUGGAAUUUGUGCUGGAAAAAAUUCAACAAAACUUUACUACCUAACAGAUAACAUUUGUAAAUACUCUAGGCAUCUGUACACACUACGAUGAAGUCUAUCGUGUGACUGACCCACAGGCAGGUUGGUUUACAUUAAAUUUUUUAAGAAUGGGAUGUCCUAUGGAAACCUAUUUCACCAGAGUUUUAAAAAUAAAAAGGGUAUUGUUUUGUCUUCUGUACAGUGAGUUCCUUCCCUUUUAGUUUCAUUUUGAUACUGUAUGUGGCUAGAGAUACGCCUAUAAAACAAGCGCAUGUGAUGUUUGCAAA